AUGAAGAUCAUUGGGGGUUUGCUCCUGUUCUGCACAGUGACCCAUUUCUUCAGCAGCUCAGAAGCUGCUAGGCUAUCUUUAGCAAAAGGGGACUGCAGCAUUUACAAGAAGUACCCAGUGGUGGCCAUCCCCUGCCCCAUCACGUACCUGCCUGUCUGUGGCUCUGAUUACAUCACCUAUGGGAAUGAAUGCCACCUAUGCAUUGAGAAUUUGAAAAGUAACGGAAAAGUUCAGUUUCUUCAUGAAGGAGCAUGCUAA